UGUACAUCCACAGGGUGAUGUCUGGUUGUGAACCUGUGACGUGCGACUUCAGUGGUCGUGCCGCUCGCCCGACUGGGAAGGUGGGGCGGUGCCUUCCACCGCCAAUCCUGUCGGCGAACGAAGCCCCCUCUUCGCAUCGCCUCAACUUCAUCCCAUCGACGUCGCCCGUCGUGCCCGAUCCGAUCGCAUCUCACAAACUCAAUUGAGGCCUCGUUCGCGCGUCGACGAGCAGACAGCGGCACCAUGGCUCUCGAGACGGUCGCGCUCGAGCACCUCCCUGCUUCGCACGCCGUUCACGUCGCCCUCUUCCGGGACGUCGAAAACGCCGCAGCUUUGCACCAGCAGCUGCUCGCCCGCAACGCAGAUUUUGAGUACGCCUUUAUCGACGCGUCCGUGGUUCUCUCCCGCCGCCAGUUGCUCUCGUCCGUCUUCAAGAGCACGCUCGCAGCUGCCAACGGCGCCUUGAAGACGCCCAAUGUUCACUCUGAAAUCGUCGCCUGCCUGAGCGCAUCCAACAACAUUGCCGACGCCUAUCGUCGCUUCGGUGUGUCGCCCACGACCAAAGACUUGCUCGUCGUCAAGGUCACCUUCCCCACAGAGUCCCGCCCCGAGCCGCCAUCCGCCGAUCAAAUAUGGCAGCAUCUUGAAGACAAUGUCAAAGGGCACGCCGUGUACGCCACGGACGACAACAUUAGCGCUACAACCGACCUGGCCAAGGUUCGCAAGUACUAUAAACUCAACGGGCUCGCCUGGCUCGAUGCUAUCAAAGACGACCGGGAGAGGCGAACAGAGAUGGAGACGCUGGUGCUCACCGGCAUGGCUCUGCGAGGAGUAUGAUGUUGUGGACAAAGCAAAUGAGUCAAAUGAAUGCCUGGGGCAACCCACAACACAACACAAUACUGUGGCGUCAAGGAGUGUGAUAACGUAAGUCGUCUUGCUCAUUAUGCUAUGCUAUCUUGCCCCAGCCGCCAUCUUUCUGCUGUAUUAACUCUAAAGGCAGAAGUGCCAGAAACUCCAAAGGUC